AUGAAGCAUCAGGUACGAGAUUUUGAGUCAUACUUGCAAGCUUAUCACCGUCAAAUUCAAAUUCAAAUUCACAGGGAAUUUCGCCAUUGCGAAGGAAAAGUUUUUUAUAGAAUAGACUCAAUGCGCGUCAAUAUCAACAAGUUGAUAGGUGGGAAUAGUUUGAUAUAUAGUGUCUGCGGUCACAAACUACUGUAA